AUGGCAACAUUACUUGAAUAUUUACCAGAUGAAAUUCUCCUGACUAUUUGUCAAUAUCUGUAUCAGCGCUACAUUAUUCAGGCUUUUUGUGGUUUAAACUCUCGUCUUAAUUGUACAAUUUCACAUUUCACUCGAUCUUUUAUUGUAUCUGAUGAAAACUUCUUGACAAAGGAAGAAAAUUUCAAACUACUUUCUACUAUUGGACCUUAUCUUCAUUCUCUUACAAUAAAAAAUAUUUCUCUAUCUGCAAAUGAAAUAAGUUUAGCAUCAAAUAUUCGAGAACUGACAUUGAUUCAUACGCAACCCUGUCUUAUUCCGUCACUUCGAAAUCUAACUGAUUUGAAUAUUAUCUACGGGCCAAAAUUUCAAUCGAUUGAUGUUUUAUUUUUACCAAAUAAUAAUAUUCAUUCUGUUUAUAUUUCUUCAAUUAGUCCUUUAAAAGUCCCUGUAUUUUCACCUUCAAAAUUUUCUUCAAUCAAACAACUUACUAUAAUUCUUCAAUCAUUUCAUGAUUUUGUUCAAUUACUUCGUAUUUGUCCGCAACUUACAUGUCUGAAUCUGACACUACAAACUUGUGAUCCAAUAAUCUUAGAAAUACCAGACAAUCAAUUACAAAUCGAAACAUCUUCAACUCUUCGUAAUUUUUCACUUCGAACAACGUACGAUCUUAAUGUUAACUUCAAUACAUUAAAAAAUAUAUUUAAACACUUAAGUUCAAAUAUCGAACAUAUUGCUAUCGAAAUUAAUACCGAAGAUAUAGCAUGUAUUGAUGGUGAACUAUGGGAAAACUAUUUGAAACAAAAUCUACUAGAUUUACAUCGGUUUGAAUUUUUCAUUCUAUUAAGAAAAGAAAAUCAAGACCAGACAAAACUAAUACCGUUAGGAGAUAUCUUUAAGAAAUUUCAAAGUUCAUAUUGGUCUUUAAUGAUUCCUCAAAAUAUGACUGGAUACUAUAAUUCAUCCUUUUCUGGUAUAUCGACAUGUAUUCAUACAAAAGCUAUUCCAACAGUGAAACGACGACGCUAUUUUUUGAACUAA